ACAAGCGGAGAGAUCGCGAGAGUUUGUAUAUCGCGAUACCUAUCAUUCAAAAUCCGCAGAUCUCGCGUGCUCUAAGAUACGUGGGCCUCUCACAAGAAGGUUUGCUGCAUGGCGGUCACGGAGACUGCGAAUUUGUUGAAUUGUUAAAGCUUCCCCAUCAGUGCUCUUCCCCUCGGGGGCUUUCCUGCCUCAGUCUGGUGGACCCAGCGAUUAGCGGGUUGCGUAGGGAGGUGAAGCUCUGACGAUGGAGAAUGGACAAGGCACAGGCUCCAAGCUUGGCCUGCCGCCUCUCACUGCUGAGCAGCAGGAGGCACUUCAGAGGGCAAAGAAGUAUGCCAUGGAACAAAGCAUUAAGAGUGUGUUGGUGAAGCAGACCAUUGCCCAUCAGCAACAACAGCUCACCAACCUGCAGAUGGCAGCAGUGACAAUGGGCUUUGGAGAUCCUCUCUCACCUUUACAAUCGGUGGCAGCUCAGCGGCAGCGUGCUCUGGCUAUCAUGUGUCGAGUGUAUGUGGGCUCCAUAUACUAUGAACUUGGUGAGGACACCAUCAGGCAGGCCUUUGCCCCCUUCGGCCCAAUCAAGAGCAUUGACAUGUCUUGGGAUUCUGUUACAAUGAAACACAAGGGGUUUGCCUUUGUGGAGUAUGAUGUGCCAGAGGCUGCUCAGCUGGCUCUGGAGCAGAUGAACUCAGUCAUGUUGGGGGGGAGAAACAUAAAGGUGGGGCGGCCAAGUAACAUCGGGCAGGCGCAACCCAUCAUUGACCAGCUGGCAGAGGAGGCGCGCGCCUUUAACCGGAUCUACGUGGCGUCCGUUCACCCGGACUUGUCAGAUGAUGACAUCAAGAGUGUUUUUGAGGCCUUCGGAAGGAUCAAGUCUUGCACGUUAGCCAGAGACCCCACGUCAGGGCGACACAGAGGCUUUGGCUUCAUUGAGUAUGAAAAGCCUCAGUCAGCUCUGGACGCUGUGUCUUCUAUGAACCUCUUUGACCUGGGGGGUCAGUACCUACGGGUGGGCAAAGCAGUGACCCCGCCCAUGCCCCUACUGACCCCCACGACCCCUGGUGGUCUGCCACCUGCUGCAGCUGUGGCUGCAGCGGCAGCUACCGCUAAGAUAACGGCCCAGGCAAGUAUGAAUCCCUUCCAAAGGGAUUUAAUGGCCUUCCAGGAGGCUGUAGCCGGCGCAUCAGUCUUGGGGGCGUUGGCUGCGCCCCAACUUCUUGGUCAGCAAAUGGGAAUACCUCAGGCUGUUAUGGCUGCCCAGGCACCUGGGGUGAUAACAGAGUGGCUGAAGUGUUGUCAAAUGGAAAAAAGCAUGAGUGUCACGCCAGUGCGUCCUCCCAUACCGGUGCUUCCCCAGGUUGGUCUUGUGAACCCAGUACUUGCAUCGCCACCGGUCCUGUCUAAUCAAGCUGGUGGCUCCAACCUACAAGAGAAGAAAGAGGAGAAAGAAGAGAUGCUUCAGGAUGGUACAGGACAGGAGAUGUUGAGUGACCAAGAGCACAUGAGUAUCUCGGGCAGCAGUGCCAGACAUAUGGUGAUGCAGAAACUUCUUAGAAAGUCAGAGUCCACGGUGAUGGUGCUUCGAAAUAUGGUUGGACCAGAGGACAUUGACGAUGACCUGGAGGGCGAGGUGACGGAGGAGUGUGGCAAGUUUGGCUCUGUAAACAGAGUCAUCAUUUACCAAGAAAAGCAAGGAGAAGAGGAGGAUGCAGAUAUCAUCGUGAAAAUCUUUGUAGAGUUUUCCAUGGCCUCCGAGAUGAACAAAGCUAUCCAGGCUCUGAAUGACCGCUGGUUUGGGGGCCGCAAAGUUGUGGCAGAGGUGUAUGACCAAGACCGUUUCAACAGCAGUGACCUGUCUGCAUAAAAUAAAAUGGUUAACCAGCACCCAUCCUCCCUAUAUCUGUCGCUCCUUUCAGCCACAGUCACUGCAGCAAGAGAUGUGGGCAUCUGAACCUUGUAAUUAAUGUUUUUAUUUUCUUUUUUAAAAUUGCUGUUGAUAUUGAUGUUAAACAGCCCAUUGGGUUGAUUCACUCAUUAAGUACUUUUGUCCGAAUUUGCUUUGUGAUCAGUGAAGACUCCCUUUUUGGUUAAAGUUUUUGUAAUCCAGUCUUGUAAAAACGCUUAGGUUUCCUGCCUUAGUUACUUUUUUUUUUCUUUUUUCAUUCAUGAAAUUUCUGGGACAUGUAAACACUUUUUCUUUCUUAUUAUUAAAGGCUAUUGUUUUGUCCACAAA